AUGAAGUCUGCCAUGCAUAACUCUGCGAAACCAAGCGUCUAUGUCCCAUGGGCGAAGCCUGCACAUGUACGCAGCCUCCCGAAUGAGGAAUGUGUGUCGCCCAAGGCAAACAAUCAUUUGCCCACUCGCUGUAUCAAUGAGACUCCCUAUGCGAAAAUGCUUAGAGAAGAGGAGGAAAUGGAUUUUAUCUUCAACGUCACUGUCAGUGCGGCUAACUGGGCUUUGCUCGCUGGCUACCUGGUCGUUCCAGGCACGUUCACCUCUCUUCAAAGCUCUGAUCAGGUAGAACAUGUUUUACAAGCCAACAAAGCCGGUCGAACAGUGUUGCACACGAUCCAGAAUCCUCCAUUGCUCUCCAUUUCCUGUUGUCUCCUUCUCGGAGGUCUUGCGGCUUUCGCAUGGCUUUUGCAUUUUGCGAAGCUCAGAAGCAAUUACAUAUGGUUGAUCAAUAGGCUUUUCACGCCGAUUUCGCUGAACGCCGCUGCUGGGCUAUUGACUACAAUUAUCAACGUCUGCGCUUCUCAGCGGGGAGAUUGGUCUGUGAUGGCUAUCGUCACUACUGUCGCCACUGGGGCGACUCUUAUUAUCUCUCUGGCACUGUUGUGUUUCUAUAAAUUUCACCUUCUGGAAAAGAUCAAACGAGAUGACGCGGUCUUCACUUUUGUUUUGCCUUCGUCGAGGCCAGAAUAG